CGGAAGUGACGACAGCGCGAGGCUCGCAGGGCGGGGCUGGAUGGGCAGCUCCGGGGGCUGAGAUUUCACCUCGGAAACAAAACAGCGGCCGCUGGGGCCGGGCCUGUGCGGGAGCGGGAGCGGGCGCCGGCGCGGGGACAGACCUAAUCCAGGAGACUGCAAGCGACAGCAGCCCUUGAGGUCCGAGAUCAGCGUGGCCUAGGGGAGAACAUAUGAGAGAAAGACCCCCAAGAGGCUUUGUUUUCUGUGAAAAAGUAUUUCUAUACAGUUGCUCCAAUGACAGAGUUACCUGCGCCCUUGUCCUACUUCCAAAAUGCACAGAUGUCUGAAGACAGCCACCUGAGCAGUAUUGUACGUAGCCAGAAUGACAGUCAGGACCGGCAGGAGCAUGGUGAUAGGCGGAGACCUGGCAACCCUGAGCCGGUAUCUAAUGGGCGAGCCCAGGGGAGCUCCCGGCAGGUGGUGGAACAAGACGAGGAAGAAGAUGAGGAGCUGACACUAAAAUACGGCGCCAAACAUGUCAUCAUGCUGUUUGUCCCCGUGACCCUCUGCAUGGUAGUGGUUGUAGCUACCAUCAAGUCAGUCAGCUUUUAUACUCGGAAAGAUGGGCAGCUAAUUUAUACCCCGUUCACAGAAGACACAGAGACUGUGGGCCAGAGAGCCCUGCACUCAGUGCUGAACGCCGCCAUCAUGAUCAGUGUCAUUGUGGUCAUGACCAUCCUCCUGGUGGUCCUGUAUAAAUACAGGUGCUAUAAGGUCAUCCAUGCCUGGCUUAUUAUUUCAUCUCUAUUGUUGCUAUUCUUCUUUUCAUUCAUUUACUUGGGGGAAGUAUUUAAAACCUAUAACGUUGCCGUGGACUACAUUACAGUUGCACUUCUGAUCUGGAAUUUCGGUGUGGUUGGAAUGAUUUCCAUUCACUGGAAAGGCCCCCUCCGACUGCAGCAGGCAUAUCUUAUUAUGAUCAGCGCCCUCAUGGCCCUGGUAUUCAUCAAGUACCUCCCUGAGUGGACCGCAUGGCUCAUCUUGGCUGUGAUUUCAGUAUAUGAUUUAGUGGCUGUUUUGUGCCCAAAAGGUCCACUUCGAAUGCUGGUUGAAACAGCUCAAGAGAGAAAUGAAACUCUCUUUCCGGCUCUCAUUUACUCCUCAACCAUGGUGUGGCUGGUGAACAUGGCUGAAGGAGACCCAGAGGCCCAGAAAAGAGUGUCCAAGAACUCCAAAUACAGUGCACAAAGCACAGAAAGCGAGACACAGAGCAGUGGCAGAGAAAACGAUGACGGAGGCUUCAGUGAGGAGUGGGAGGCCCAGCGGGACAGUCACCUGGGGCCGCAUCGCUCGACCCCUGAGUCGCGGGCUGCCGUCCAGGAGCUGUCCAGCAACACCCUCGCCAGUGAAGACCCGGAGGAAAGGGGAGUAAAACUUGGAUUGGGAGAUUUCAUUUUCUACAGUGUUCUGGUUGGAAAAGCCUCAGCAACUGCCAGCGGAGACUGGAACACAACCAUUGCCUGUUUUGUAGCCAUAUUAAUUGGCCUGUGCCUUACCCUGCUGCUCCUCGCCAUUUUCAAGAAAGCGUUGCCAGCUCUUCCCAUCUCCAUCACCUUCGGGCUUGUUUUCUACUUUGCCACAGAUUACCUUGUGCAGCCCUUUAUGGACCAGCUGGCGUUCCAUCAGUUUUAUAUCUAGCCUCCUGCUAGUAGAAUCCCGUGGAUGUUUCUCCUUUGACUGUAAUAAAUCUGGAGGACACUGAUUUGCCUGUGUCCUCGUCUAACCGAGUGAAAAUUCCUGGCUGGACUUCGGCAGCUUCUUCCGGGCUUUCCUGACCGCUUGCACUAUGAGACCUUGGGAGGAGGUGUCUGUAAGAAAUGGCUUCAUCAUGGUGGACUGUGUCCCUCGGUGCAAAACCUACAGAUUUGAGGGGCAAGGACAAGUAAACAGCACAGGCCGGGAAGUUGGCCCUUGGCUGCAGGAGACUUGCCGACACUGCGCACUCAGGACUACCAUUACCAGAGGCCGAAUGAAGUGAUUGGAACUAAACCAAACUCUGCCUGAAACCACAUGUGGGAAAUCAACCUAAUAAACCUGUAUUAAUUGAAGUCUGAACGUUUCCAGGAGGUACUGUGGGGAGAGCAGGCCCAGCAGCCAAAUGGAAAGGUCAGAAGGGGCUCAAGCUUUCCCUUCCAGACUUUCUCUGCUGCAGACUUAAUUUCUAAAGAAGACAUCCCCUCCCCCGCUCUGAGCCCCAUCAGGUGCAUUGGUCCAUUUCAGCAGUGCUCCCCAGUACCCCUUUCCUGGGUAUGGUUGCCAUUUCUUCCCACUGCCGCCAGUCUGAGCUUAUUUGCUUUAUCCUGAAGUCUUAACCUCAGGUUCCAAAUUCAGCAACUUCUGGAAGUAAUGGAACUAUUGCUCAGUAGUUCCUUAUCAUCCCUAGGUAAAUUCUGGAUUUGCCACCAAAUUCCUAAUUUUUGGAUACGUUCACACAUUUGCUUGCCCCCUUGGCCCCGUCUUUCCCUUCGUCCCCCUCCCCAGCAGUUGUCUUCAACAGCAGAGGACAUAGCUUUGACGUGGCAGCAGGUGGGCCUGUUAACCCAGAAUUUUUAUUCUUUAUCUGGUGCAGAAAAAUGUGUUACAACCCAGUGCUGUCAGCCUUGCUGUCACAACUCUUUGAGUAGCAAAUAAGAUGUGUGCCCAGAGAGCGUAGAAUUAAAGAAGAGUGAGAUGGCUGGUGAAGCCCUCUCCGUCCUGGCUUUUCUUUUGUUUCUGACAGGAGGUGAGAGUUUCACUUAGGAGCUGGGAGAGUACUGUAGUGGGAGAGCGCUUCCCUAGUGUGCCUGAGGCCCAGGGUCAGCCCCAGCACUGCAAAAAGAAAAAAAAAAAUCCUAGCUACUUGGGAGGCUGAGCAAAAGGAUCCCUAGUUCAAGGCCAGUCUGAGCAACUUAGACCUUUUCACAAAAUGUAGAAAGGGCUUGUGAUGUGACUCCUUUGGGUUUAAUUCCCCAUCCUGGGAUAAAAUGUUUGGAUCAGGAGCCCUACCCUGGUUUAUAAGUUUAUGAACCAGUUGUGUCAGUACAGAGCGAAAAUUUAGAGGUGCUGUUCUUUCACUUGGUGAGCUACAGGAGAAGGUAGUCGGAGGAACUAGCUGCUGAGGUGAGCGGGAAGAGCCCCCAGUCAAGGGACGGUGAGCUCGCGGCUGGGUGACGGAACGAACCUUACUGCGGGCCCUCGGUGGCCCCGGUACGUUGUCCUCCUCUCAGUGUGCUUGUGUGCCGAGAACUGGGUAGUGGAGGCGCUGGCUGAAGUGACAGUGUGUCCAGACUGUACCUCAGGCAAAGCGCUUCAAAAGGGCCGCCGGCAGCCUGUAGCACCGCGAAGUGAGCGCUGAGGCACAGACAUUCUCCACCACGGAGAACCCUCCGCCAUGGUCGUUUAUAAGAACCCGUUUCUUCCUGUGGCUGAAGAAAGACCAGCUUUUUCUCUCUGCCUGCUGCUUCCCCCUCCCGCCUGCCAUUUGACCUCUUGGGGGUUCUCUUGCAAGUUUGGAACAUUGUUUUCAGUUGUGGGGAUGUAGCUCAGUGCUGGAGUACCUGGCGUGUAUGAGAGGUUCUGGGUUCAAUCUCCAGUACCUCAAGGAGAAAAAGUUUCAGUAGUGGGGCGCUAGUACUAACCUGAGUGUCAGGAAAAGCUGGCUUACCUCAGGUUGUUGAGAAGAGCAAGACAAGUAAGAGCUGUGCAAGGAAAGAGUGGGGCUUACAGUAGUGGGUCCUCGCAUCUGUGCUUCCUUAACCCCCUUUUCCGAGAUUCUGUCCUUUCUGCUGUCAGACGGCAGCGUGGGCGUCAGCCCAGUCUAUAAAGCACAGGGGCAGCAGGGCCACCUGCAUGCCUUCUGUGAGUCAAGGCAUCUUGGGAGCUGUAACCUACAGUAGUUGAUUGGUGUAAGGGUCCCAAGCGUGUUGUAUCCUUCAUGACCAAGAGGAUGUGUGUGUGUGUGUGUGUGUGUGUGAGAGUGAGAGAGUCCAGCCUAUAUACUGUCCUGCGUAGAAAGAUGGCAAUAACCCUGUCUCUUCAAGUUCGAACCACAUCUCGAUUUCUGAGACACCACGAUGCUUGUCUUCCACCAUGAAAAACUGCCACAGAGAAAACAACAACAGCAAUUUUGCAGAGGAUCUGCUUCACACACACGGGAGGGAUGGCUGUCAGAGGGCAGAACCAACAGUAAAACACAGCCAGGCCAGCCACCCUGCCUGGUGAAAUGGGAGGAAACGGUGGGAGAGAGGCAGCCCAUGCCUGGCCAGCCUGGCCUGAGGACCAGGGGUUGCGUGGAGGAGCUUGUGCCCGGCGGAGUAAUGCCAGCGCUAUCUGGAAGACCCGUGGAGUUGUGCGGGGGAAGGGCUCUUGUGAUUCUCAGUUGGUUAGUAUGUGGUCCAAGGGUCAUAGUUCUCUGAGUGCAUUGCUCAGUAAGAAAAAGUAGAGAGCAGGAAUUUUGUAAGUGACCUGGAAGAAAAUAGCGUUUGCCUAGCACGUGCUAGGGUUCAAUUCCCAGCACUGCAAAAGAAAAACAAAUUACCAACUUUACUGGGCAAGCAACAGCUAAAAAGGCUACAUUUCCUGUUUUAAACUCUUAGAUCUCCUAAAACUGUGGUUUUCAGGAGCCCUUCCCAUAAUAGAUGGCCAAAGGAAUAAUGUUUAGUUCUUGGUUCUUCCUUGGCCUCAAACAACUUAAUACAUACUCUUGAUCACACUGUGUAGAUGUGAAACAGAAGUUAAACUAAGGAAGACCAGGUAAGGUGUUCCGAGUCAAACAUCUACAGGAAGCUGCCACCGCUGCCCCGCCCAGAGCUGAGCUUGGCAUGUGUGACAUUCAUGACUGACCCUGUAAGGAGAAGAGCUCAUACGCUCGCUUCAGCAGCACGUAAACUCAGUUUGGGGAAGAGCUCAGAAACCACUUUAAAAGGAUUUGCUGUCUUCCAGGUGCCAGGCAUGGUGCUACAGUCUGAGGAUGCAAAGGUGCAUAGGAUACGUUGUGAGAAUGCAGCGGGAGCCUCUUUAACAUCUCUGAAACUUGUCAGUAACCGCCUUUCACAAACUUUACCGCGGGCUUACAAAAUGGACGCUAUGAAGUUGGCUGUUGUCAGAAACCAGACCUUUCAGUGAGGGACUGGUUUUUGCUAAGCUUGCUCUUGGGCAGCCUGUGUGCAAGGACCAGUCUUCGUUCUCCCUGCCUCCAAGUGCGCUCUGAAGGCUGUUUUGGCCGAGACUUGAAAACCAGACACUCAUUAUUGCCCUUCAGAAGGAGGCAGUGCCCUAUCAUCACUGUAAAUUUGGGUCUGGAAGUGAUGCUUGUGAUCGCACCGCUGUUCAAAUUGCCUAAACUACGGAUUGAACAUGGUGGAUUCAGCCCUUCACAGCCCUCAUUGAAAUCGCUGACUGGAGCCAAGUGAGCUCAGUAAAACCCUCAUCAAGCCCACGUCUCAGGAUCACCUGCAUGUUUUCUUCAUGACAGCCCAUUUACCUUGUAGGGAACUCCUCAGAUUUCCAUGACACACAGCACCCCGGUGCUGAGAUGAACCCUUCCUUGAAUGUCAAAGCCAUCUCCUGGGGCCUGGUAACUGGAUGCUAGAUCCACCCUGGCCUUGGAAUGCGGUGCUGGCUCUUCUGCUUGUCUGGGUAGUGGGAAAGACUUCCCAGAAAGCACUUUUUCUUUUGAAGUACAUGACCGCUGAGGAGGCAGCCCCAUCCCGGCUGCGCAGAGUAUAGGUCUGUCUGGCCGGCGAUGGGAGCCGUGGAGGAGGGCUUCGGCAGGUCGCGCGCUCGUGCAGCCUUUGCCUGGAUCCUGCUCCUGUGGAUGCUGCUUUGGACAGAAUUCAGAUAGACUUGUGAAUACGACUUUUUAAAAUAAAUACCUUUCAAAAUCUUGGUAAAAUAUAAUUUUGAUAGAUGAUUGCACAUUUUCCUGUAUUUGUCAAGUCAAUAAAGACUGCAUGAGUC